UUCUGAAAAUGAGUCAUCGACAUAAACGUCGCCAACAAGGCUCAUCGUUGAAUGAGUGGCAAGCAUGCAGACUGUUAGCCCACCAAAACAAGGCCUGGUAUGACAGUGUCCUAACGACAGUAAAGUAACUGCAGCAAAAAUCUUCCAGUCCUAUCCGGCGCGACCUCCUGAACCAAUGUGAACUCGUCACAUGGCUGUGGAAACAGCGAACAUUAUAUAAUGGUACUGCCUCUUGGUUAUAUCCUGUCAGAGGCUAAAGAACAUCAACAUCCGAGCUCGACAUUCCCCGCCCUCUUUCAGGAAUUUCAAGCGAGAUUGAGUUUGGAAACCAGGGCUUGUAAGAGCAUUUCAUCGAGGAACAGACCCACUGCAGACACAGUCGAAUUGCAUUCAUGGAGAAAACACUAUUCGUGGCAGCUUUCUGUCUAACUCUGUUACCCUUGACUCAGGCUCUCUACUUCAACACCACCCCAACGACAUGCAAAACGGUCUGCGAGUCCGAGCAUUGCAAAGACCCAGUUAGGCUAAAAUAUGGAAAGUACUGUGGAGUCGGAUACACAGGGUGCAGUGGACAAUCUCCCUGUGAUGGCCUCGAUGCUUGCUGCCAAACGCAUGACAACUGCGUCGGAUCUAAUAAUCUCAAGAACUACGUGGAUACGCAAUGCAGCAACGCUCUACUGAAUUGUGUCGAAACUUGGGAUGCUUCAAACAGUGCCCAGUUCGCAGGUAAUACUUGCCCAAGAGAAGACGUGGUGAACACUAUAUCUGGCGUCAUGAAGCUGGCCACAAUUGACGGGCGCCUGGGAAAUGCUGCAACCACUGCAACGACUAUCCUUUCGCCCAUCUCCAUUCUGGGUGCUGUUCUCUUCAUUCACCUUUUCGUGUACCAAUAAGCGAGAAACUCGAUCAUUGGCCUCUAAAUCGGCAGGAAGAUGCUCAAAUCACCGAAGCCUCGUCUCACCUUCUUCAGAUGUUAGGGAAUCAUGUAGACAUAUCGAAGGCAAACACAAAUUGAAUAUGUUUGGAUGUGUUUCAAGUGCACCAGACAAUAUCACGCUUAGAUCCUGCACGUGCAUUGAAUCCAGUCAAGAGGGAUGGGUGUGUGCGAGCACAAUUUGAAGAUGACUGCCCUCAAUCGGGUCCACAGCAUAUUCUAGAGGAAAUGGAUAUGUUUAGUGCAGAAACUGUAGUGUUUUACUUUACUGCUCACAAUCAUCAGUACAGAUCAUCAAUCAUCUGUAUUGAGCUUUCUUCUGAUCUUGUGUUGGAACUGUAGGCAAGGCUGAGACUGUAAAUACGUGACCGCCGAGUUACAUACUUUGAUAUUACAUAAACAUUGUGACAUAAACCAACUGAGACAUCCUAUAAUAAG